CUGCCUGCCAAGGACAAAGGAGGAGGGAGAAGGGAGGGAAGAAGCCAAGAGAAGGCUGGGCCGAGAACUGAAUCCCAGGCUGCGUAGAAAGAAGUUUGAAAGCGCGUGGUCAGCGUAGAGCCCUGUCGUGCCGUUCAGUUUCCUGGGACAGGUCCUGUGGGGCGUGGCGGAGGCGGAAGAAGCCUUGGGGCGGGAGGGGCGUAUGGCCGGGCUGGGCAGCAGGGCCUCCUUCGGGAAGCAGCAGCGGGAGGAGUCCGGCCCGGGAAGGAGGCGCUGGCAGCAGCCCCAGCAGCAGCAGCAGCAGUCCCAUCAUGUCUUCUCCUUGGCGCCUCCUUCCUCAUCCUCAUUCCCAUCGCCUUCUGCUAUGCCGGGCCCCGAGGCGACGCGGAGGAAGCUCUCCCGAGGAAGGCGCCCUGGCUGCCGCCCGAGGAUGCCUCUGCUGGCGGCCGGGCUGGCUCUCUGCUCGCUCCUGGCCUUGUACGCCUCCUCCUCGCUGGGCCCGAGCUUCCUGCAGCCGCCCCUGCCUGCCUGGCGGCCCGAGGACGAGGACGAGGAGCCUCCGCCGGUGAAGGUGCUGCUGUGGUGGGAGCCCUUCGGGCGGCAGCGGGGCCUGGGCGGCUGCGAGGAGCGCUUCCACAUCCGCCGGUGCCACCUCACCACCGACCGCAGCCUCCUCCUCGAGGCCCAUGCUGUGCUCUUCCACCACCGGGACCUGGUCCUCCACGGGCUGGACCUUCUCCCCACCAGCCGGCUCCCGGCCCAGCGCUGGGUCUGGAUGAACUUCGAGUCUCCCUCCCACUCGCACCACUUGCAGGACUUGGGAGGGCUCUUCAACUGGACCAUGUCCUACAAGGUGGACUCGGAUGUCUUCGUGCCCUAUGGGUACCUCCGCCCCAGCCGGGCCCCGCAUCCUAUGGGCUCGAUGCCCAAGAAGACCAAGCUGGUGGCCUGGGUCAUCAGCAACUGGAACGAGGAGCAUGCCCGGGUGCGCUAUUACCGCCGCCUGAAGGAACAUCUCCCCAUCGACGUCUACGGAGCCCAAGGCCUGGAGCUGAAGGACGACAGCGUGGUCCAAACCGUCUCGGAGUACAAGUUUUACUUGGCCUUUGAGAACUCCCAGCACCCGGACUACAUCACGGAGAAGCUGUGGAGGAACGCCUUCAAGGCCUGGGCCGUGCCCAUCGUCUUGGGGCCACCCAGGUCCAACUACGAACUUUUCGCCCCUUCGGAUUCCUUCAUCCACGUGGAGGACUUCUCUGACCCUAGGCAGCUGGCCGUUUAUUUGAAAUUCCUCGAUAAAAACAAGAGCAGGUACAGGAAGUAUUUCGCCUGGAGGAAGCACUACGAUGUGCAGGUCACCUCCUUCUGGGAUGAACAUUGUUGCAAGGUUUGCAACACGGUCAGGACUGCGGGGAAGCAACACAAGACCAUCCAGAAUCUUGCCAACUGGUUUGAGAGUUGACCUCAGGAGGGCGGACAGGUUUCCAUUCAGAAUUCCCAUCCAUAAAGGGAAGGGUGUGUGUCAACAACAAAGAGAUCCUCACAGCUAGAAAAAUGAUUUUAAAAAGAUAUAGCCUUGGGUGCAGCUACACUGCAGAAUUAAUGCAGUUUGGUGGCCAUAGCUCAAUCCUAUGGAAAGCUGGAAUUUGGUGAGGCACCACCACUCUUUGGCAGAAAAGGUUGAAGGCCUUUAAUUGCUACAACUCCUAUUAUUCCAUAUCGUGGAGGCAUGGAAGUGAAAGUGGUGCCCCGGUGGCGAAGUGUGUUAAAGCACUGAGGUUCAAAUCCGGGGAGCGGAGUGAGCGCCCACUGUUAGCUCCAGCUUCUGCCAAUCUAGCAGUUCGAAAAUAUGCCAAUGUGAGUAGAUCAAUAGGUACUGCUCCGGCAGGAAGGUAACAGCGCUCCAUGCAGUCAUACUGGCCACAUGAUCUUGGAGGUGUCUACGGACAACGCUGGCUCUUCAGCUUAGAAAUGGAGAUGAGCACCAACCCCCAGAGUCAGACAUGACUGGACUUAACAUCAGGGGAAACCUUUACCUUUUUUUAAACUGCGUUGAUUCUAAAGUGUAAAUGCACCCCUUGGAGGUUUAUGACCACCAUCACCCUUCAAAAUAGUUGCUGCUCAAUCAGGCUGGUGUCACCUGGUGCCGUUUCACAUGAUGUUACACCCCAGGACAUUCUCAUACAGGGAGCAGUGCUUCUUUGUAGUGCACAAAGGCAAAACUACAUGAUUUGAAGCAUCAUUGCAACCCAUGACCAGAGAGCAUGGGCAUGAGAAGGUUCAGAAAUAAAUCAGAAUAGAGCUUUAGUCUUGUAGAUUGAUUGAUACAGUGGAGGUAAGCUGGGCUUACGAAAAAGGAUUUUGUAGUUAUAUCUAACUACAGGGAUAUUUUUUUAUAGAAAAUAAUAUAUUUGUGCUGAAACACACAAAUAUUUUACAGACCAUCUUUUUGGUGUCACCAGCUCUAUUGCUGUCACCCAUUAUGGACCGCACCCUACUAGUGAUGCAAUUGUGGGCAAUACUAAAAUAACUAAUCAAAAUGUCACAAAAAUGUGUAAUCUUUACAGUUUUUGGAACUAUGUGGCACAAAGCAGAGGCAUUUGGCUCUUAGGGAGUGAUUGAGGUCAAAUGUAGACUGCUCAUUUCAGUCACUACAUGGUGAGUCAGCAUGCAUUGCUGACUUGGUCUCUCUCCUCUUGGUUUUUUGGGUAGAUUUUCAUGUUCACUAAAUAUUUGUGGCAUAUCAUUUAUGGAAACUGUUCAGCAUAUCCCUGACAGAACUGUUUCAGAUUGGAAAAGUCCCUUUUGGGUUUUUCCCUACAUCUAAAGAGCUAGUUCUUCUCAUCACACAUCCAUGAAGUAUUAAAUAGAGGAAUCCAAUACUGAUUCUGCCAAAUAAUUUUGCUGAACUGGCAACUCAACCUACAGAGAGUGACUGAAGCUGUGAUUUAUGGUGACUUUCCACAGCUUGAUUUUUAUGGCAAGAGGCCUUAUUUUAAGAAUGGAUAGCAAGUCUGAGAUUGUGACUCAAUUCUGCUGACAUUUUUGCAACUUUUCCUUAUCAUGGUGAGCACAGUUGGCUAAAAAUGUCACCGGAAAAUAAUUUAGCCCUACUUUAACAAAAUAAUUUCCCCAGUACUGCCAUUUUACAGGCUACCAUGUAGCAAGAGCAGUUUCAUCAUCAUCAUCAUCAUUUUUUCAUGUCAGGAGUGACUUGAGAAACUGCAUAAUAAUAAUAACAACAACAACAACAAUAACAAUAAUAAUAUGUCAUACAAUAAAAUAAUAAGCGGAUUCCAUAUAGGAAAGUGCUAUGCACUUAUUUGGGCCUCUGAUCUAGCUGGAUUCUAGCUCAAUAUCCAAACUAUGUGCCAGCAACUCAGCAGGGUUUUGGAAAGACAUCUUUUCCAGUCAUAGCUAUACAAGCCAAGCAGUGAGCCUGAAAAAAAUGUUUGUUUUAACCCAGUGCUGUGAUUCACCUUGUCAUGUUAUUCAGAGGGAAUUUUCAGUGCAGCAGAAUAAAGUUUCAUGGCUGGGCACUGCUAGACUUUCAUGCUUCUUCAGAGCCAGCAUUCUGUAUAUAAUCCAUCUCUCUUCAGUGAUGGAUUCCAUAGAUCUCAUUCAGAUUCAAUGCACUAUGCGAAAGAUUUAUACAUCUUUUGUUGUAAAUGCAGCGUUUGUUUUGAUGAGAGUUCUUUAGAAUGCUCACCUGUGUUGAACCCAGAGAUUAUUAUCAGGAAAUGAUUUGCAAGAUGUGUCCUGGGAGUUCUGAACUCUAUCAAUAAUCUGGGGGCCCUUCCACACAGCCAUAUAACUCAGAAUAUCAAGGCAGAAAAUCCCACAAAUAUCUGCUUUGAAUUGGGUUAUCUGAAUCCACACUGCUAUAUAUUCCAGUUCCAAGCAGAUAAUGUGGGAUUUUAUUCAGCUGUGUGUAAGGGGCCUUAGAGUGCAUCUACACUGUAGAAUUAAUGCAGAUUGACACCGUGUUAACAUACAAGUUGACACCAUACCUCCAUACUAGGGAAUCCAGGGAGCUGGAGUUUGGUGAAGUAUUAGCACUUUUUGGCACAAAAGACAAAAAAAACCCUUUAAAACUACAUCUCCCAGGAUUUCAUAUCAUGGAGCCAUGGUAGUUAAACUUUCAAAAUCUUAAUCCUGUAGCAUAGAUGCACCUUUUGAGUGGCAGCAGAAAGAGAAAUAGCUAUUUGUGACAUCCAUAUAUAGGACAGUACAUUGAAUCCACUCUUCGUUUUAGUUCAAACUUGGUUCUUAGCCCUGUCUCUCAAAUUGGGUGUCUUGGAUAAUUCAUUUAUAGUUGGGCUAAAACACAGCACAAAUCCACCUCUCCACUGAUACAGAAACUGCCAGCCUGCAGAGACAUGUAUUUUCCAUCUGUAUGUCAAUUAAUCAAGUUUGAAUCAUCAGUCACACAAAUCCCUUCUUCUUCUGAAGGGCUUGAAUAUUAAAAGACACAUGCAUAUUUAUAUAUUCCCUGCCAAACAGAUCUUUUUUAUGGAUCAAAAUCAAAGCUGAUUUCUUUUUCAAGCAGCAUCUUCCAGAAUCUCCCAGCACUCAUUGCCUUUCCAAGUUGUGUUCUCAAUUUCUCCUUGUAGGGGAAGCUUUUGCCAUUGCUAAAAACUUGAUUCUUGGAUUGUACAGAGGAGAAGGCCCAAGUGUUUUGAAAAUUACUUAUUUCAGGCAGCCCCUAUUAUUCUGUAGGAAUGCCAUCUUUCACUACUCUUAAUUGGACAAUGUAAAAGGUCUAGGAGGACUGAGUAGUAUUCUGCAUUCGCCUGAAGAUGUCAGGGAGUAAAUCUAUAGCAAUCUUUCCAAAACUCUAGUCCUUUAGAUAUUUUGGACUUCGGCUCCCAGAAACUUCAGCUGCUCUGGCAACUUAUCAGGGAUUCUGGGAACUGAAAUCCAAAACACCUGGAAGACCAGAGCUUGGAAACACUGUUUUGGAUUUAUUACCUGAUAUCUCCAUCUGAAUCCACAACGAAGGCCCCUUUCACACAGCUGUAUAAAAUCCACAUUGAACUGGAUUAUAUGGCAAUGGGGACUCAGAUAAUCCAGUUCAAAGCAGAUAUUGUGGAUUAUCUGCCUUGAUGUUCUGGAUUAUAUGACUGUGUGGAAGGGCUCCCAAACAGGCCCUAUAUCACAGGAUCUGAUCCCAGGUUUUCUGCUUUAAACUGGAUUGUAUAAAUCCACACUUUGAUUAAAACCCCAAAGGGUUGCUGACAAUAAUAAAACUAGAUUGAAGGUAGCUUCAUAAUGUGAUUCGAUGUACAUAGACUGUCGUCGAGCUUCCAACAUUACCAGAAAUACAAAAACAUGUUUGAGAACACAAGAAGGUUGUUUACAUCCCCCUCUGCUCAGGCCCUUUGCUUAAAUUGAAUUACUGAUCCUCGCGGAAUAAUCCUAUUGAAUCCAUCGCUGAAUGGUAAAGCAUCAGUUAUGUAAAGUCUAUUGAACUAAUAGGUUUACUCCUGUCGGAACUAGGAACUGCAUUUAUCCCUUUGCAUUUUAUCCAUAUCACUUUAAUAUCAGAACUGAAUUUAAAUUAAACUAUGUGUUCAUAGAAGUCCUUACAUUGCAAAUGGCACAAAGAAACCUCUGUGUAGGACUCCUCCGAUGAUUUCCCAGGAGACAACAACUGUACAGAUGUCAUCAAAACAAACAGCUUUAGGGGAUAUAAAGAAUUCCUUUCAUUAAAAACUACGCCCAGGAAGAAAAGCCAAGGGGGUCAAGCCGAGAAGAAAUGACGCAAACACUGUCUUUAGCUGCAGGUUUGUGUAUGUUUACAGGCAUUUAGGUAGUCUUCCUGCGCUGUGAUAGGGGAAAAAACAACAAGACAUGAUUGCUUCAUCAGAUUUAUUUUUAAUGGAUAAGACCUGCAUCCUAUGAAAAUGUAACUGGUUGGAAAAUUCACUGUUAGAAGCGGGGUUUAUGUUUGACAUGUAUAGGAAUCUGCUAUAAUUUAUUUUUGUAUGUUAGUAAAUUGUAUGAUUCAUUGAUUAAUCAAGGACUUUGGAUUUAAAAUAAACCCUGUGAUCAGAAGGUACAAUGCCCACAGGGGAUACAUUUUCCUCUAUGCAUUUCCUACGGCUUCAAGGGGUGAUUCUAUGGUAACUUCUGGCAGAAGCAUACUAUAGAAUUACUUGGUGAACCUAGACAAUAGAGAGAAUCUAUGUGUUGUCGAAGGAUUCAUGGCCAGAAUCACUGGGCUGCUGUGAAUUUUUCGGGCUGUAUGGCCAUGUUCCAGAACUAUUUGCUCCUGAAAUUUCACCCACAUCUAUGGCAGGCAUCCUCAGAGGCUGUGUGGUCUGUUGGAAACCAGGAAAGUGAUGUUUAUAUAUCUGUGGAAGGUCUAGGGUGGGAGAAAGAACUCUUGUCAGUUGGAGGCAAGUGUGACUGUUUCAAUUGGCCAAUAAUCAGGGCCAAUUAACACCUCCCAACAAGGGAUUCCACCAGGCAGGAAAAAGCUAACCUUUGAAGCUGCAAGGCCAUUCAGUGCUAACCAAGGUGGUCAGUUGCAACAUUCACACUUGCCUCAAACAGACAAGAGUUCUUUCUCCCACCCUAGACAUUUCACAGAUAUACAAAUCCCCCCUGCCUAGUUUCCAACAGACCUGACAACCUCUGAGGAUGCCUGCCAUAGAGGUGGGCAAAACGUCAGGAGAGAAUGCUUCUGGAACAUCGCCAUAUGGCCCGGAAAACUCACAGCAACGCAGAGAGGAUCUAUUUCAUUUCAUGUGGAUAGAUGAAACUGUGGGUACUGUUGCUGUGGCUAUGGAGGUUGUACUUCCAGAUGAGAGCUUGGAAAUAUCUUCGGUACUGAAACUCCCAGAAUUCCCCAGCUAGAAGGAUACAUAAGGGAUUCUGAGAGCUGUCAUUCAAAAAAAAGUGAAUUUUCCAGUCAAGUAUGGUUCAAAUCAGGCUGGUUCACAUUGUUUGCAUUCAUUGAAGAAUUUUUCUAGCUGCAGAUAGGGAAUGUGGAAGUGCCACAUUUUUCAUUUACUGAAUGAGGCUGAAAAGGCAAAUCGUGGUAACAGUAGACUCUCAGUUAAACAGAACCCAUGGGGAUUGGUAGAUGCCAGAUGAAUGUUGUUUCUAGUUGCUUGAGAGUUUCUAUUUAAAACAGUAUCCCCCAUACUACACUAUGCUAUAAACUCUGUAGUAUCCCCCAUACUACACUAUGCUAUAAUUUUUUGUGUGCCAGAAGUGACUUGAGAAACUGCAAGUCGCUUCUGGUGUGAGAGAAUUGGCUGUCUGCAAAGACAUUGCCCAGGGGACGCCUAGAUGUUUGUUGUUUUACCAUCCUUGUGGGGGCUUCUCUUAUGUCACUGCAUUGGGAGCUGGAGCUGACAGAUGGGAGCUCAUCCGUACUCUCCCUGGAUUUGAACCAGCAACCUUAAGCAAAUUAAGACAAAUAAAGGCAAACUGAACUUUUACAUUUCUCUUAAAAUGAUUUCAUAUGCAUUUUUAUUUAAAGUAUUUCUUCAAUUUUCUUUUGCAAGUUGCUUGAGAGUUCUGGUUACUUGGGUUCCAGUUGACUGAGAAUUUACUGUAUGUCUUUAAAGGCAGGGCAACAGAGGCCAAAAAGAGAUUGGCAAAUCCUUGACAUCUUGCUGUACAAGCCUGUUAUUGUAUUGGUUUUAGCAGAGAAACUAGAAACAUGUUGUUUCCACUUCUACUUAACCAUAGUUUUGUUGUUUCAUCUACAUGCCAAAUUGUUGUUCAUAUCAAUUGUUUGUGAAAUGAUGGUGGUAAUAAUUCCAAUGUACUUUCUGUUCAAGAUACAAAUGAUAUCUUGCAAAGAUACUGCAGAAAACUGCUCCGAAGUCCCUUUUUUCUCAUAUCAAUGUUUUUACAUGGAGAAGCACAUUCUAAAAAGAAAAUCAAGUGAGACAAAGGGUAUUCUAGUUAUCUGGAUCAGAUGAGCCUGAAUGCUGUUACAAUGUCAGUAACUCAGGGAAUUUUAUACUUGCAGGCAUUUUGCUCCUCAAUACCCAAAAGAAGGAAAAUAUGUUUAUAUUUGUAGUAAUAUUUCUGAUAAGAUGACAAUAAAAUAAGUGAAAUGAAGCAAAUAAAGCUGUUCUCUCUUUUUUUAUCCUGUUUUCUUAAACGUUUAUGAUAGGAAUGGAAGCUUUCAUUAUCCAUGAAUAACAUGAUUUUCCUUCUGUGUUGUCAAAGGCUCUCAUGUGAGUGUUUCCUGCUGCAUGGCCAUGUUCCAGAAGCAUUCUCUCCUGACAUUUCACCUACAUCUAUGGCAGACCUCACAACCUCUGAGGAUGUCUGUCGUAGAUGUGGGUGAAACGUCAGGAGAUGCUUCUGGAAUAUGGCCAUAAAGCCAGAAAACUCACAAUAACCCAGAUUUUUCUUCUUUUUAAUCUAACACAAAAGUAGCUAUCCUGUUUUGUUGGGUUUUUAAAAAAGGUUUCAGCUCUCUGAAUGAAGCACAUCUGUGGCCAGUGCCAGGCACAGCAAUUAAACACUUCCACUUCCUUAUGAGGAACAAAGUUUACUCUUGAUUUACACACAUAUGAGCAUGUUCAAAUGGGAGUGGAAACAGAAACCACCAAAAACAUAGUUCUUAAAUUCAGUUCUGUAUUUCCUACUGGUUCAUGCUGCCUUUGAUAUUAAUUCCUAUUCUCUGUGCUUUCUAGAGAUUGUUCCAUGAUCCUGCUGAACUACUCAGCAGCCGUUCCGUCUAGUUCUCUGCCUAAACUUUGGCCACAUCUUCACUGUACAAUUAAUGCAGUAUGACAUCAUUUCAAUUGCCAUGGCUCAGUGCUAUGAAAUAAUGGGAUUUGUAGUUUCAUGAGACACCAGUAUUCUCUGGUAGAGAAACCUCAAGACCUUUAAAACUAUAAUUCCCAUGAUUUCAUAGCAUUGAGCCAUAGUAGUUCAAGUGGUGUCAAACUGCAUUCAUUCUACCCCUUGAGAGCUAUGAAUUGGUGCUUUAAGUGUGUUUCAUCACUCAUGCCGAUAACAAUAAGGACUUUAAACUGUUUUUAAUACCUUUUUAAUUCUUCUUAACUUCAUUUUAUUCUUGUGUUACCUGGCAGCAUUUGUUUAUGCUGGGUUUGGUCCCCAUGUAAGUUGCCCCGAGUGCCUUCAGGGAGAUGAAGGUGGGAUAUAAGAAUAAAGUUGUUGUUGUUGUU